UGAUUUAAGUAAAACUAGAAAAAUCUUGUGAAUGCUAGAAUCCUCCACUACUACUAUUAAUACCCCCUUCAGGUUCCUCGAUUCACAGGACAGAACAAGCAAGGCUUCCAUAGCAAUCAAAGUAUUCCGAGUUUUUGUUGAUACAAAGGUUAUUUCAGUUCUGAAAAUGUCCCUGAUUCCAAGCUUCUUCGGCAACCGACGCAGCAAUGACUUCGAUCCCUUCUCUCUCGAUGUUUGGGAUCCUUUCAAGGACUUCACUUCCUCUUCGCUGACGACGCGAACUCCAGAAACGUCGGCCUUUGUCAACACUAGGAUCGAUUGGAAAGAAACCCCUGAAGCUCACGUGUUCAAGGCCGAUGUUCCUGGUCUUAAGAAAGAAGAGGUCAAAGUGGAGGUCGAGGACGACAGGGUGCUGCAGAUAAGUGGGGAGAGGAAGGUGGAGAAGGAAGACAAGAACGACACGUGGCACCGUGUGGAACGGAGCAGUGGGAAGUUCAUGAGGAGGUUUAGGCUGCCUGAGAAUGCCAAGAUGGAUCAGAUCAAGGCUGCCAUGGAAAACGGUGUGCUCACUGUCACUGUUCCGAAGAUGGAAGUUAAGAAGCCUGAUGUAAAAGCCAUCGACAUUUCUGGCUGAAACACUUCCACUUGAACAACAGAUUACUCUGUUUUAAAGUUAUGAAAUGUGUGGGUUUGUCUUUAUCAGAUGAGAGUUUUAUGCUAAGAAACUUAUGUUUGUGUAACUAAAGUGUGUGGAGUGGAGUGAAGUGAAGUUGUAAACUUCGCUAUGUAGAAAAUAAAAGAGUAAUCUUUCUUCUUAAUUCA